GCUAAGUCAACAUAUAAUAGCAAACUUACAACAAUUAUUUAACAUUUUUAAAGCCAUGAAGGGACAGAGCACGGAGCGGCCAGGGAGAGCGGCAGAGCGGGAGGCAGACGCACCGCGGGCUCCCCCGGAGGGCCCUCGCGGCGCGGGGCGCAGUCCCUAAGCCGCUGGGUCGCCUGCGUCGCGGGGAGCGCCGCGCUGGGCUCCGGCUCGCCAUGAGCCACUUCUUCGGCCCCCGGCUGCCUGCUCUGGCCGCCUCACCCAUGCUCUAUCUGUACGGCCCCGAGAGACCUGGGCUACCGCUGGCCUUCGCCCCCGCGGCCGCUCUGGCCGCCUCGGGCCGGGCGGAGCCCCCCCAGAAGCCGCCCUACAGCUACAUCGCGCUCAUAGCCAUGGCCAUCCAGGACGCGCCCGAGCAGAGAGUCACGCUGAACGGCAUCUACCAGUUCAUCAUGGACCGCUUCCCUUUCUACCACGACAACCGGCAGGGCUGGCAGAACAGCAUCCGCCACAACCUCUCGCUCAACGACUGCUUCGUCAAGGUGCCCCGCGAGAAAGGGCGGCCAGGCAAGGGCAGCUACUGGACGCUGGACCCUCGCUGCCUGGAUAUGUUCGAGAAUGGCAACUACCGGCGCCGGAAGAGGAAGCCCAAGCCAGGCCCAGGGGCCCCGGAGGCCAAGCGGGCCCGCGCCGAGACGCAGGAGCGCGGCUCCGAGGCGCAGCCCCCCGCAGGGCGCCGCGGCGGCCCCGCGACCCCCCGCCAGGAGGGAGCGCCCGCGCGCCCCUCGCCCCUGCGGGACGGCUCCUCUCCGCCCGCGCCCCUCCACUGGCCUGGGCCCGCGUCCCCGGAGGAGGACGCAGGCGACGCUGUCCAGGGCGCAGCGGCCUUGGCCGUAGGCCAGCCAGCGCGCACAGUGGAUGGCCCGGGGUCCCCUCCACGUCCUGCUUCCCACGGCUCUCCGAAGAGCUCCGACAAAUCCAAGGGCUUCAGCAUAGACAGUAUCCUGGCGGGACGGCAGGGUCAGAAGCCCGCCGGAGGGGUCGAGCUCCUGGGGGGCGCCAAGCCAGGGCCCGGCAGCUGUAUGGGUGCCUCACUUCUGGCCACCCCCUCAAGCCUCCGUCCGCCUUUCAACGCUUCCCUGAUGCUCGACCCGCACGUCCAGGGCCGCUUUUACCAGCUCGGGAUCCCUUUCCUCUCCUAUUUCCCUCUGCAGCUUCCCGACGCGGUGCUUCACUUCCAGUAAAGCAAACAGUGACGGGGUCCUUCCCCUACCCUGGGCUGACCUUGUGAGCGACCAGGGGUCUAAUCGCUGGGGGA